AUGCAACAGACGAUAGACGAUAAACAAGAAGGAUGGAACGAUUUAAUACAACGUCUCGAGGACUACCUGGCCUCGCUCGAGGAACGAAUCGCGUUGUUCGAGGGUUGUACCCUGAAGGAUAGGAUAGUCGAUGAGGCGCUUAGUCCACCUCUCCUCCUUUAUGUCCAAUUCCUUGAGGGUAUGCACUACGAUGUGAUCCAACUCAGAGAGAGAUAUAGUCACGACACAAUUUGCUGUUUCAGAAGAUCCAGAAAAGUGAAGGUUGACGCAAUGGAGAUCCUGAAAUUCAAGGAAGGCAUCCAGGAUCAGUAUUGGCGAUUAAUGGAGGUAUUGCAACCUUUCAUUACAUCACGUGUUCAAGCCGCAAAACAGAAAGUCGACACUGAUGGUAGGCCACAACUUGGUACGAGAUGCAUACUUAUCACCUCCAAAAUCGCCGAAGGGUCGAAUGUACCCGCUGCACUUAAUACAGCAUGUCUAGCAACAAAACGUACCCUCGAAGCGGCAUACAACAAUCAAAACGAGUGGUCCGAUCUAAUACAGCGUCUCGAGAACUAUAUCUCUGCACUCGAGGAGCGAAUGACCUUGCUCAAGACAUAUCCUCCAGGGGAUAGUAUCGUGGACGACGCCCUCAGCCGACCACUCACCAACUAUGUAGAAUUCCUUGAAAAUCUGCCUAAUCGGAUCGUCGAUCUAAAGGAGAAGCUCAGCGGAAAGAAAUACGUAAGAAAAAUAAAAGGAGAUGAAGACGAGGUCUGGGGGCUUAAGCGAGAUGUCGAGGAUCAGUAUAGACAAUUCAAGGAUGCAUUGACUAUCGCGUCCUUAUUAUCAUUUAAAGUCGAUGUUUUCGCUCUACUUGAGCUCCCGACUGUAGGACUUGCUACAUCCUCGAUCCACCGUCCUUGUAUGCAAGGAACACGCGAGGCUGUUCUAGAGACGAUCUGGGAAUGGGCCAACGACGACACUUUCGACAAGCCGAUAUUUUGGCUCUGUGAUAUAGCCGGCUCCGGCAAAUCCUCCAUUGCAAUGACCGCUGUCGAAAGAUGGCAGAGUGAGGAGGUGUUAGGUGGCAAAUUCUUCUUCUCUCUGGCAAGUAGCGGAGCAUCGACGACCGAAAAUUUCUGCUCCACUAUAGCUAGAGAGCUGGCGCAUCACAUCCCGAAGAGUGUCCCAUACAUCGUACAGGCCGUGAAGCGGAAUCCUAAUGUCAUGCAGUCGCCACUCGACGAGCAGUUUCGGACGUUCAUCACUGGUCCACUGUAUGAACGGCAAGAGCGCGUAAUUCUCGUUAUCGACGCUCUGGAUGAAUGCAAGUCUCGAGCACGGCGAAAGGAACUUGUCGAGGCCUUAUCUGCAGCUGUUCGGGAAUGCAAGAAUCUCAAGAUAUUCAUGACGAGUCGACCGGACCCUGUCAUUGAGGCCGUCUUGGAGUCGCUCUCGACCAAAGUCAAGUUACAAGACCGCCUCCACGAUACCAAUCAUCAUGACAAUACCGACGACAUCACGAGCUAUGUAGAUUAUUCACUGGAUGGCAUACUGCCGGAGGACAAGAGACGGAAGCUGGUCGAAAGAGCUAACGGGCUUUUCAUCUGGGCGAGUACUGCAUGCGAGAUGCUCAAUAAUCAGGACAAAUCGAGGUCGCAGGAGGAUCUAUAUGAUCUUCUGAUGUCUGUGGACCAAGCCGGCCCCAUAGACGGCGUAUAUGAUCUCGUCUUUGAGCGAAUAGGUCGCAAAAACUAUGCGGUCUUGUGUGAAAUAUUGGCAUUACUGCUCGCCGCAUUCGAACCGCUGACCGUCGACAACCUGGACGACCUUCUGAAGAGCGUCAAAAUACAGGGAAGUGCCAAGGCAUUGGUACGAAAUCUGGGAAACGUACUCACCUCAGAUGAAACUACGAAUCUGAUCCAAUUUCGCCAUCCCACUCUUGUGGAGUACCUUCAGCGCUGCACAACCGCUCCAUCUACUGGAAACCGCGAUAGAAUAUAUCUCAAUGUACCCGAUGCACAUGGCAAAGCGGCGUCGUGGUGUCUACAAAGCCUCGGAUCGGAGACGGAAGGUCCCAAGUUCAAUAUAUGUCAAAUCGAGUCGUCUUUCUACCUGAAUAGCCAGAUUCCGGAUCUCGAUGCCAGGAUAUCGAAAUUCAUUUCAAGGAGACUUCGAUAUGCCAGUUCUCAUUGGUUGUUCCAUGUCGCCAAAACCGACGACAACGGGAGACGUGCACUGAAGAUGGAGCUCGAGAACGCUACCCAGAUUCCAAACAUGUUAUACUGGGCGGAAGUGCUGAGCUUUACGGGAGGAGUGCCACGAGCGAUAGCCGGCCUUCGAGCUGUUACACAUCAGAGAGGACUUGAAGAGAACACUAGGAGUACUAUGACCGAGGUCCGGCGGUUUCUCAUGGCAUCUUUAGUGCCAAUUCAGGACAGCGCUCCACACGUCUACAUCUCGGCACUUCCGUUUACUCCCAGAACGACCAAAAUAAACCAGGAGUCUACAACGAAGUUUCCAAAUAUCCUCACUCUUACUCAUGGGAUCGAAGAGAUGUACCAUAGGCUCUCCAAUUCCCUUCAAGGCCACCAGGAGCGGGUAUGUGACGUCAAAUUCUCGCCGGAUGACUCCCGAAUUAUCUCCGGGUCGCUCGAUAAAACGAUUCGAGUUUGGGAUGUCGAUACCGGACAGGCUCUGGGAGAGCCACUUCGAGGCCACGAAGGUCCUGUCUUUGCCGUUGGAUUAUCCCCAGAUGGGUCACAAAUCGUCUCUGGCUCGGCUGAUGGGACGAUUCGUCUGUGGGAUGUAGACACGGGACAGCCCCUUGGAGAACCGCUUCGGGGUCACGAAGGCUUCGUCUUCGCCGUUGAAUUCUCACCAGAUGGCUCACAAAUUGUCUCUGGCUCAGAGGACAAGACAAUUAGAGUAUGGAACAUAGACACUGGACAGCCUCUCGGAGAGCCAUUUUGGGGUCACGAAGGCUCCGUGUUGGCCGUCAGAUUCUCUCCAGACGGCUCACGAGUCGCCUCUGGCUCAAGCGACAGGACGGUUCGAGUGUGGGAUGUAGAAACUGGUGCAACAGUGGGAGAGCCACUUUUCGGCCACGAAGACGAUGUCCUCGCCGUCGGAUUCUCCCCAGAUGGCGUUCAGAUUGUCUCUAGCUCGUCUGACAAGACGGUUCGACUAUGGGAUUCAUUCAGUGGGAAGCCUCUAAGAGAACCACUUAGGGGACACGAAGGCUCUGUCUCGGCUGUCGGGUUCUCACCAGAUGGCUCCCGAAUCGUCUCCAGCUCAUCCGACAUGACGGUUCGAUUAUGGGAUGUGGUCACUGGCCAACCUCUGGGAGAGCCACUUCGGGGUCAUAAAGGCGGUGUAUGGGCUAUCGGAUUCUCGCCAGAUGGUUCCCGAGUUGCCUCGGGCUCAUCCGACAAGACUAUUCGACUCUGGGAUGUAGUCACUGGGCAAGCUUUGGGAGAAUCACUUCAUGGUCACGAGGAGUCUGUGUUGACUCUUAGCCCCUCUCCAGAUGGCUCGCGAAUUGUCUCCGGUUCGUCCGACAAGACGGUACGACUGUGGGAUGCGGCCACUGGGCAGCCUAUAGGAGAGCCACUACGAGGUCACAAAGCCUCGGUCCAAUCAGUUGCAUUUUCCCCUGAUGGAUCACGAAUUGUUUCUGGUUCACAAGACAAGACUAUUCGAAUAUGGGAUGUAAUCACGGGUCAGCCUCUGGGAGAGCCACUUCAAGGUCACGAAGACUCGGUCUCUGCCGUUUCAUUCUCGCCAGAUGGCUCACGAAUUAUCUCCAGCUCGCUGGACACAACGAUUCGACUCUGGGAUGCAGAUACUGGACGGCUUCUGGGAGAGCCACUUCGAGGUCACAGCGACACUGUAUUGGCCGUCUGCUUUUCACCAGAUGGCUCACGAAUUGUUUCUGGCUCGGCUGAUGCGACAGUUCGACUGUGGAAUGCGGUCACUGGGAAGGCUCUUGGAGAGCCACUCCUAGCUCACACAGCUGCGGUGCUUGCCGUCUCGUUUGCCCCAGAUGGCUCACGGAUUGUCUCCAGCUCAUCUGACAUGACAGUUCGAGUGUGGGAUGCAGUCACCGGACGAUCUCUGGGAGGGCCACUUCAGGGUCAUACAGCUGCAGUCUUUGCUGUCAAAGUCUCCCCUGAUGGCUCACGAAUUAUUUCUGGUUCACAAGACAAGACUAUUCGAAUAUGGGAUGUAAUCACGGGACAGCCUCUGGGAGAGCCACUUCAAGGUCACGAAGGCUCGGUCUCUGCCGUUUUAUUCUCGCCAGAUGGCUCACGAAUCAUCUCCAGCUCGCUGGAUGCGACAAUUCGACUCUGGGAUGCAGAUACGAGCCACUCUCACAGACAACCUGCACUCUCGAAUAUCCGGGAAGAUUCAGAUGUCCCUUUGAAUAUUUCUGUUCCAGGUUUUAGUCAGUGCUCAAUUUCAAAGAAUGGCUGGGUACAAUCGUCCGGUCGAUCCCUUUUCUGGGUGCCGCCAAACUAUCGAUAUGGACUACAACACCCGCAUCUUCUUUUGACUAUCCCAACAACGAGUCAGUUCCGUGCAAUCAAACUCGAUUUCACCCAUUUUCGAUGUGGCACCUCUUGGGUCGAUAGAAUGCCUGCUCCAGCACAGGAUUCAAUGCUCCAAGACGCAGAGGAACAAGGGGACUCUGGCUUUGACGAAGACUAUCCAGAAGAUGCAAAGGGAAGGAAGAAGGGCUCAACGUCCCAAGCCACUAGGCGGGAUCAGAAUCGCAUUGCCCAGCGUGAUUUCAGAUUGAGAAAGCAACAAAAGAUCCGAGACUUGGAGCGCAAAGUCGAAAUUCUCUCCGCAAAUAGGGAAGAUUCGUUGAAGGCACUAGAUGGGAUGCUGCAAGACUUGGUUCGCGAAAACCAGGCACUGCGGCAGCUUGUACGGGACCUCUCGGGUUUCAUCGGGGAAGGCAUUGGAGGGUUCUUGCCUAAACUCGGCUGGGACAUUCAAAGCUUUGAGGACUUCAAGUCAAAGGGAGAGUUAGAUACAAUGGGAGAGUCAUAUGCGUGGCGCAAGAAGAAUCCAAACACGCCUGCUCCAAUUGUGCCGACUCUUGUAGGACAGAAAAGGAGAAUUGACGAGCCAACUGAGGCGAGAAAAAAGUCAAAGAGCAACGAUAACGAGGAGUUGACCCUCCCCCCGCCCAAUUCGUUUAUCAACACGUCCAUUUUCACAGCACAAUCAUCCAAUCCCGUGCCUUCAACCAACGCCAAUCUCCCUAAUGGGGCACUCUUUAGUGCGGACUAUGCCUCCAAUGCUCCAGGGCCUAGCGGUCCCGCAUACUCUAGCACAAGGACUACGCUUCCUCCACCACAGCCAACAAUCAAUACAUCGACACCAUCUGGGUUGAGCCCCUAUGGAGGUGGUGGAGGGUCCACGCCGUCCUCUAUCAACAAUUCGAACCCGCUGAAUAGUGCGGCUGCGAAUACGUAUCCAGCAUAUUCUGCGCCAUCUAGACCUGCACCUUCCGAUGGUUCGGCGACCCCAUCUAUUGGCACUUCGAAUUCACAUGAAGAUCCGCUUCAAGUGAAGAAAGAAGAAGCUGGUAGACUUAUUCAUCACCAUCUUUCCAACUAUAAACGGAACCCUGCUUACUGUCUGCCGGCCUCUCUCCGUCCAACACAGAUUCAGCGCACCAUAGCACACGAAUUUGUCAUUGAUGGAAUUGUUAUCCCGGACAUCCGCGAUAAGAUGAUACUUUACAAAGGUCGAUUUGACCUAGCAAGUGCGAUGCAUCUUAUGCUCAGCACAUCUCGCAUUCACUCUGAAGAUACAAUGGUUCACACCAAUUGGGAGAUGUCAGAGGAGUGGUUUAGACAGUAUGGAUUCCUUGCAACAGCUUCUGUCCUCGAAGUAGCUAAUAAAUGGCGACGCGAGCGCGGGGACCCCGAAAUUCCUCAGAGUGUUCUUGAAGCAGAGUGA